CAUGAAGAAUGAUUUUAUUGCCACCUACUUGAGAUAAUCUGGGUCAUCGGGAGAUUAGUGCUGAUUUUACAUCUUUGCCACUUGAAGGAGAGAUUGGCUUCGUUUUCCUUCCUAACUAAUUUGUAUUUUUUUUGUUACGUUUGCACUUAAAGACCGAAACAUGUCUUAUUUUAGAAAUAUUUCAAAAGCCAGAUGUCUGUUUUAUUUAUUUUCAACACAAAUGAGCCUCCUUAAGGAACAGGCAGCCAACCCCAAUAGUCACGUGGUACAGGUUGGAACAACGUCACCAGGGAUAAGCGGACAGAAGCAGAGAGCCUCCCGACUCGAGCUGCGGCACUUUUGUUGUGGCAUUUGUCUCGUUCCUGCUCUUCUUUUUGUUUCCCCAUCCGACCAGAGAUAGAACAGAGUAUCUGUUCGACAUUUAGAGACCCAAAUGCCCGGUCCCACCCAAGCCCUUUCCCCAAAUGGAGAAAAUAACAACGACAUCGUCCCGGACAACGGAACCAACAUCAUUCCUUACAGGAAAAAUACAGUGCGAGGAGAGCGCGCCUACAGUUGGGGGAUGGCGGUCAACGUGUAUUCUACCUCAAUAACCCAGGAGACUAUGAGCAGGCAUGACAUCACUGCCUGGGUUAACGACAUUCUCUGCCUAAACUACACGAAAGUGGAGCAGCUCUCCUCAGGAGCUGCUUAUUGCCAGUUCAUGGACCUGCUCUUCCCUGGCUGCAUCAGCCUUAAAAAGGUCAAGUUUCAAGCUAAACUGGAGCACGAGUAUAUUCACAAUUUCAAACUCUUGCAGGCAUCCUUCAAGAGAAUGAAUGUGGACAAGAUUAUUCCUGUGGAGAAGCUGGUAAAAGGCAGAUUUCAGGACAAUCUUGAUUUCAUCCAGUGGUUUAAAAAAUUCUUUGAUGCCAAUUAUGACGGUAAAGAGUAUGACCCAGUUGCUGCCAGGCAGGGUCAGGAUGCAAUCCCCCCACCUGAUCCAGGCGAGCAAAUCUUCAAUCUGCCAAAGAAGUCUCACCAUGCAGCCAGCUCCCCUACGGCGGGAGCAUCCCGAUCAAGCGCUACGACCCCCAAAUCAGCAACACCGACGUCUAGACCUUCGUCCGCUAAAAAGAUCCCUGUAGCUUCAACGCCUCCUGCUAAAGGAGAGAAAGACCUGGAAUCUCAGGUCACACAUCUUACAGAGCAGGUGAACACAUUAAAAUUGGCACUUGAAGGAGUCGAGAAGGAGCGAGACUACUACUUCAGCAAGCUGCGAGAAGUGGAGCUGCUGUGUCAGGAGCAGAGCGAAGAAAACGCCCCAUUUGUCGAUCGGCUCAUGGAGGUGCUUUAUGCCUCAGAUGAACAGGAUCGAGCAGAACUGGCUGAGGGUGACGGACAGGAAGUGGACCAGCAAGCCCAUGAGGGGGCACCACAUGACCAGCAGGAGGAACAGGAUGAAUACUGAUUGCCAUCAUCAGUCACCAUGGUUACACCCCUCUUUUUAAGAUGUGAGAACUGUCAAGGACUUUAUUUACUCCUCGUGUUCUUAUUUUUAUUUUGUUCUCUCCAAGACUGAGCACAACAAGCAACCACCUGGAUAGGCGUACCAUCACAGGGUUUUACUUUUUGUAUCUCUUUGCUCACUGUUCAAUGUUUUUGUGACUUUUGGUGAGCUGCUGUGGCGGGUUAGUGUAAACAACCUCCACUAGCAGACAAGCGCAGACCAUCACAGACGUUUCCGAGGAUCGCGUGCGUGGAAAAGUCCACUCAAAUUCUACAGUAGUUGUGAUAAAAUGCUGACGUUUAGAUGGGUAACUGUUACCUGUCGGUGUAAGUGUUAAACUCUUAAGCUUUUGUCCUUUUAAUUAUUUUAUUAUUAUUAUUUUGUUGUCAUUUUUCAUAUCAACAUUAAUCACAGGAAUGCAAUAAGCAAGGCCAUGGAAUGGCUCACAGUAGCUCUUAUUUAACCUUCCAUACGUUGCACUGGCAUUGACUCUGUAUUGGGCAAUCUGUCCAUAAGUCUUCACCGUAUUUAUUAUUAUUAUUAAGCCUUAGAAGUAGUGCAAAAAUCUGCUUUGCAUUCUCAUGAAGGAGGUCAAUCCAGUCAGAUUUGAGUAAAAAUGUAGUAAAAGGCCAUUUUGGGGCUGUCUGACAGCUCUUCUCACAAAUACAAGAUUUCAGAUCAUCAGUGUGUUCAUUUAGACUGAACUAGUCUUAAAAUGUUGCUGCGUGUUUAGAUUUCCACCUUCAGCUGAAAUUUUCAGUUUUAGAGUUUUGACAUUUUUCAUAGGUUUUUUAAACCACAGGUCUUAGGGGCUUGAGUCGGUUCACUGCGCAGUCUCACUAUAUUCCAGUAAUUGCAUUGUAAACCCAUUCUUAAUAUAGCAUUAACUAAUAUUGAGCUGACCGGUGCACCACAAUGUUUUAGUUAUAUAUUAUUGUGUAAAUGAAAUAAAGAAUGUAAACAUGUACUGUCAAUAAUAAUAAUAAUAAUAAUGAAUGGUAAAUGUAUUUUUUUUUGUGUCCCACUCAUUAUGCAUUCCCCAAAAAUGUGUUGCAUGGUUGCAUUUUGGUUGUGAAUAACUUGACCUGCUUUUUACAUAUUUAAUAAAAAAAACAGACAUGUUA